AUGGUACAGGUGCUGCUUCUGAAUCUGCAUCCAUGCUCGCUUAAGGGUUCCAAGGUGGCACCCCUACCGCCGCGGCAGACCCUCGUGUUCCUCAUCGCGCUGUUCGGUCUCUAUGUAUGCUACCUCUCCUUCAACCAGAUAAGGCUAGAGAACAAAGGAGGGGAGAACGGUGCAGAAGAACAGACAGGGCAUGUUUGCACAAGGCCUGUUAUUCCGGAUGAGGAGCUGCCAUAUGUGCACUUCCCAGAACCAGAGGGUUAUAACAGGGCGGAAUGCUCGUGUACUCCUGUUCGAUUUUUUGUGAUCGUGUCGAUGCAGAGAUCAGGAAGUGGGUGGUUUGAGACACUGCUGAAUAGCCACCCUAACAUCAGCUCGAACGGCGAAAUAUUUAACAGAAUGGAUAGAAGAGAAAAUAUAUCAUCUAUCGUACAAGCACUCGACAAGCUGUACAACUUGGACUGGUUCACGAGCGCGGCAAAAAAUGAGUGCACGGCUGCAUUUGGGUUCAAGUGGAUGCUAAAUCAGGGGUUUAUGGACUAUCAUGAUGAUAUACUUAGUUAUUUGAACAAGAAGGGUGUCUCUCUGAUAUUUCUCUUCAGGAGAAACACAUUGCGCAGACUUAUCUCUGUAUUGGCUAACAACUAUGACAGAGAUGCAAAGCAGCUGAAUGGAACCCACAAAUCUCACGUUCACUCGGAAGAAGAGGCUGAGAUACUAGCGAAAUUCAAACCAGAACUGGACGUGUCAACUCUGAUUUCAAACAUCAGGGAUGUUGAGAAGUACAUGGGAGAUUGCUUGGACUACUUCAACACGACACGCCGCAUGAUCCUCUACUAUGAGGACAUAAUCAGCAACAGAAAUGCAUUACUCCAAGUGCAAGAAUUCCUGGGCGUUCCAGCGAGGAAACUGGUCAGCAGGCAGGUGAAGAUUCAUAGACGUCCGCUUCCGGACCUUGUCAGGAACUGGGAGGAUGUGAACAGCAAACUCAACGGGACAGAGUAUGCGCGCUUUCUGGAUGGCGCAGAUUACCUGAAGUGA